AGAGAGAGAGAGUGCGAGAGAGAGAGAGAGAGAGUGCGAGUGUCUCUCUCUCUUCCUUCCUCUCAUCCUUCCUCUCGCUCUCUUUCUCUCACCCCAGUGUGAAGAGACCAGACAGACAUGGCUGCCACUCUGAGGGGAACUGUCGUCUCUCUUCUUCUUCUCCUCUCUUCCAUUUCUCAAGGUGUCCAUGGUGUUGCCGUGUUCCACCGUGAGUCGGUGAGAGCUGUAGAGGGUGAGGACAUCACUCUACCCUGUUUACUAGAAGAGAAGGAGGGACGUAAACCCGUCAUCUCUCAGGUAGAAUGGAGGAAGAAAGGGGAGAUAGAAGACCACAAGCUGGUGGUGUAUAACCCUCGUUUUGGUGAAACCCUCAUCUGGCCUAACGUCACCCUGGACGUGUUGUGGGACAAGGACAAGAACAAGGACACGGACAAGGACAAGCUAAUGGGCACGUCUCUGGUUCUGAAGGGUGUAGAGGCUAGGGACAGCGGGCGCUACAUCUGUGACAUCACCACCUACCCCAACGGUUCCAUCAGGAAAGUCACUCGGCUGAAGGUUGAAGGUCCUGCUACCACAAGUCCUGCUGUCACUGUGACCCCCAGCAACAACGUAACUGAGUCUACAGUUACCGGCACCAACGUAACUGAGUCUACAGGUACCGGCACCAACGUAACUGAGUCUACAGGUACCGGCACCAACGUAACUGAGUCUACAGUUACCGGCACCAACGUAACUGAGUCUACAGUUACCGGCACCAGCGUAACAAGCGACCUAACAGAGCCAGGAGAGAUGACAACCCCCACAGCUAACUUUAGCGUCAAACCAGACACCCUCACCUCCUCUACCGUACAGGAAGUCAACACCAGUAUCACCAUCACUACCUCUGUCACCCAGCUAAUUAACUCCAAUACACACCGAUCAGUCAAUACAGAGGCGGGACCAAAGGGGUCAGAGGUCAACAGCUCCACCGACAGUCCAAUCAGAGUCCCAUCCAUGGCCCAAUCAGGAUCCACCUAUCCACCCAAGGUUCAAUCAGAUCAGCCCACUCCGUGGAGCGUCCAAUCCGAUGGUGGGCAGGGGAACGGGUCUGAAGCAGAUACGUCCAGCGGUGGUGGUCAGGGGGGCCCAGUGUCCCCUACGCUAUACCCAGAGAAGAGCACCCUGGCUGGGGAGAAGGAAGACCACACCCUGAGGACCUCCACUGCCUCCCAUGGGGAUAAUGUGGUGAUGGAGACAGGUCCCAGUAGUGGUCAGAGGUACGUGGUGGUGUGGGUGCUGUUUCCUGUCCUGGCUCUGCUGCUCGUGGUCGGGUUCCUCUACAGACGAUACAUCAUCCAGAAGAGGAUGGACCUGCCUCCCCCCUUCAAGCCUCCUCCCCCUCCAGUGAAGUAUUCCUCUUUGAGAGCUCAUGACGUCCCCAUGACCGACAUCCUCACCUGAAGGGGGAGCUGUUGUAUUUGUUUUAUGGUUAAAUGAAACGCUCCAUUGGUCCCCAUUCAUGUUAUAGUCAUACUUAAUGUGCGCCCUCUGCUGUCAGAAAUAUAAAUGGGCCUUUUUGUAAUACGGUAAUACCUUUUCUGUUCCCAUGCUGUGUGAUUUAAUGGUAUCUCUUUACAAAGCUGGACUUUGAAGCCUUUUCUUCUGUUAUGUUGCUAUGCGUUUUUGUUUUUCAAGUCAAUGAGUUUUUACCAAAGAGUAUGUUGUUCAUUGUUACAGAAUUGUCUUUAUGGUUCAACUUUGGUGUGAAUUAAGGAAACCAAAAUAUUCUUUAUUAAAUUUGUAAAUAUUGUACUUUUUUUUUUUGGCAGAUAUAUUUUAUAAAAUAAUUAAGAUCGCAAUUGAAUG